ACCGAGUAACCUCCUGUCUCCUCCCAUUGGUACUUUAUUUGUUGAAAUUUUAUUUCGAACAUCUCUCUUCUUUCCUCCCCAUCCUCUCCACAGCCUGUUCUACAGGUCUUCUUCAUUCGCCAUGGCCUCUACACACAGCUCCAAGCAGCGCCUUGCGCUCGCUAUCUGCGAUUUCCUCUCCGCCUCAACAAACGAUGGCACUCUUACCGCCGACGACAAGGACUCCAUCGAUGUUGCCAUCAACUGUAUCGCCGAGUCGUUCAAGGUCGACCCCUCCGAUACCUCUGCCGUCUCAGCAGCUAUUGGAUCUCAGAACCUCCUUCAGAUCUACUCCGUCUUCGAGAAGGCCCGCGCUGACAAGCCCGCUGCCGCCCCUACUCCCGCACCCGUCGUGCUUACCGAGGAGCAGAAGAAGGAGGCCGAGGCUUUGAAGUCAAAGGGUAACGCUGCCAUGGCCCAGAAGGACUACAGCGCCGCCAUCAACUUCUACACCCAGGCUCUAGCCAUCAACGCCAGCAACGCCGUUUACCUUUCCAACCGUGCUGCCGCUCACUCCGCCAACAAGGACCACGCCUCCGCUCGCUCCGAUGCUGAGUCCGCUGUCUCCAUAGACCCCGCUUACACAAAGGCUUGGUCUCGUCUUGGCCUUGCCCGAUUCGCUCUCGGUGAUGCUCGUGGUGCUAUGGAGGCCUACGACCGUGGAAUUCAGCACGAGGGCAACGGUGGUUCUGCUGCCAUGAAGAAGGGUUACGAGACGGCUAAGCGCCGCGUUCAGGAGAUGGAGGCCGAGGAGGACUCCCUUCCCCGUGCUUCCCCUAGCGCUGGCAAUGAUGCUAACGCCGGCGGAAUGCCCGAUCUCGGCAGCCUUGCCAGCAUGUUCGGUGCCGGUGGUGCUGGUGGUGCUGGUGGUGGUAUGCCCGACCUUGGCAGCAUCAUGAGCAACCCCAUGUUUGCCAACAUGGCUCAAAAGCUCAUGAGCAACCCUGACCUUAUGAGCAACUUGAUGAGCAACCCUCGUCUUCGCGAUAUGGCCGACCGAUACUCCACUGGAGGCGGUAUGCCUGACCUCAGCAGCCUCAUGGCAGACCCUCAGAUUGGAGAGAUGGCUCGAUCCAUGAUGGGCGAUGGAGGCAACAACCCCUUCGGUGGCGCCGGAGGUGCUGGUGGUGCCAGCGGACAGCCUGGACAGGGUGGUUCGCAACAGUAAGCAGGUGUAUUUAUGGGCUGAUUUAUUAUACCAUGGCCGUUAGAAGAUGAUUAGGAGUGACGAUCCAUUGAUGAGCAUGAAAACAAGACUUGACGAGCGCUCCUCUGAAUUAGCCUUGACUGAAUAGAAUUGUAAAAGGUUAACAUUGAUUCC